AUGUCUUUUACACCCUGUGAUACAAUCUGUCUUUUGUCCCUACCAAUGCACAUCUUGUCCGAUGCAAAUUUUACUCCUACUGAUGCAAAAUCUUUUACCCCUGGAGCUAUUUAUUUCAGUCUCUUCAUUCUCUCUCUCUCUCUCUCUCUCUCUCUAUCUAUCUAUCUAUCUAUCUAUCUAUCUAUCUAUCUCAGUCUGUUCAAUAUCUAUCUAUCUAUCUAUCUAUCUAUCUAUCUAUCUAUCUAUCUAUCUGUCUGUUCAUUAUCUAGCUAUCUAUCUAUUUUGGCCUGUUCAUUAGCUAUCUAUCUAUUUCGGUUUAUUCAUUAUCUAUCUGUCUAUUCUCAUCUAAAGUCUCUUCCUAUGUAUUUUUCUUACUCAUUAUUUUCUUUAAUUAUCUAUCUAUCUAUCUGUUUAUUUAAGAGAAAAGGAAAAUAUAUAUUCCUCUUUCAUACAAUUAAUUUAUAUUGGUUUGUUUGUCUAUCUAUCUAUUUAACAGAAAAUGAAAAUAUAUAUUCCUCUUUCAUACAAUUAAUUUAUAUUGGUUUGUUUGUCUAUCUAUCUAUCUAUCUAUGUAUCUAUCUAUUUAUCUAUCUAUCUCAUAUCUAUCUCAUUCUCUUUAUAUCUGGGUAUUUUCUUCUUUCUUUCUUUCUUUCUUGGCCUGAUUCUAUCUAUCUUUUUCGGCCAGUUUCUAUCUAUCUGUCACAGUCUUUAUUAGCCUGUUUCUAUCUAUCUAUCUAUCUAUCUAUCUAUCUAUCUAUCUAUCUAUCUAUCUAUCUAUCUAUCUCAUCUGUUCAUUAUCUGUCUAUCUAUCUCAGUCUGUUCGUAUUUCUAUUUAUCAAUCUCACUAUCUAUGUAUGUAUCUAUCUUUCUCAGUCUAUGUAUGUAUGUGUCUAUGUUCGUAAUUCAUUUCUCAUCAUUGCUUCUUUCCUUAUUUGUUCCUCUGCACCACCCAUUCUUCGACCUCCCAACUCUUUCCUAACCGUCCCCACCUUUUUCUCGUCUUUCCUCCUCCUCCUUAUUUUUUCAUUUACUUUCUACCUCUCGAUUCGCUUGCUUAUUUCCCCCCUUCUUCCCCAGUCUAAACUUCACACCCCUCUCUAUUUGCUCCCGCCUCCCUCUCCCCCUCUUGCUACUACUUUACUUUGUAUAAUACCCAACGACUUCUUCCCGUUUCUCUUUGUCUCUCACCUUUUCUCUUUUCCUUCUUCUUCAUCAUGUCAGUUGCUGUAG